UCUUCCUCAAAUUUAACUUACUUUUGCAUGAGCAAACCCGUACAUAUUGUUCUAUGUCACUGCUUAUGUAAACUUUUUUUUUUUUUUUUGUGUGGUAGAAAUGCUUAUGUAAACUCGUACUAUAUCCUUCCACAUAUGAACCAUCAAACCCAUGAUCCUUCUUGGAUGAUGUAUCAUCAUAAACCGUAACUUCCUCAAUGGAGCUCCCAAUGGCCUAAAACAGCAACAUAUAAAUACACUAGUUACAUGUUCAAAAUUUCUGUUUGAUUUAUGUAAUAUAUUUCUUGCUUGAUUAAAAGUCAGAGUGAACAAAGUAAGAGGAUUCAAUGCACCGGUUUAGGCUUUUCAGAGGGAAAUUGGAAGGUCCUUGGUGGAUAAAGAAUGGUGUAGGAGCAGCAGCAAUUGGAAUUGUUUUGAUUGCUGCUUCAUUACUUGUUGGUCCAUCAUGGGGUUGUCACAUUCCAGCAAUCUACAAUUUUGGCGAUUCAAACUCAGAUACAGGCAGUGCCUCAGCAGCAUUUGGUCGGCUACCCCCUCCCUAUGGUGAGACUUUCUUUGGUAAACCUUCUGGUCGGUAUUCUGAUGGGCGUCUAAUCAUUGACUUUAUAGCUGAGAAGUUGGGGCUUCCCUUCUUGAGUGCAUAUCUUGAUUCUAUAGAACCAAACUUUAGACAUGGAGCAAAUUUUGGUGCAAGUGGGUCUACAAUCCAGCCAACUGAUGCCAAAUUAUUUGGCGCAGGUUUUAGCCCCUUAUCUCUCAAUAUACAGCUUUUGCAGUUUGAACAAUUUAAAGACCGUACCAAGGAGCCAUUCAACCAAGCUCAAAGUUCAUGGAUUAAAAAUAACCUCCCAAGGCCAGAGGAAUUCUCAAAGGCCCUUUACACAUUGGACAGUGGACAAAAUGAUUUUCAUUUUGGACUUGUAACAGAGGAGCAAGUGCGAGCAUCCAUCCCCAAUAUAAUUGAUAUGUUUGCUGUGGCUGUAAAGAAACUCUACCAAGAAGGAGCAAGAACAUUUUGGAUACAUAAUACUGGUCCCAUUGGCUGCUUGCCUUUUUUUGCUGUAUGGAAUCCUCCAAAACAUUUUGAGUCUGAUAAAAACGGCUGUAUAAAGUCUUACAAUCAGUUGGCUCAAGAGUUCAACAAGCAGCUUAAGGACAAAGUCUUCCAAUUGAGGACCCAACUCCACCAUGCAGUGCUCAUCUAUGUUGAUAUCUACACAGCUAAGUACACUCUAAUCAGUGAGGCAGAGAAACAAGGUUUUGUUAGUCCUCUUGAGUAUUGUUGUGGCCAUUUAGGUGUUGCUGAAUGUUGGCAAACAUCGAUAGUGAAUGGAACUGAAGUUUUUGCGGCUUCUUGCAGUGAUCCUUCAAAACACAUAAGCUGGGAUGGCGUACAUUAUACUGAAGCUGCAAACAAAUGGGUAGCUAACCACAUUGUGGACGGCUCACUCUCAGAUCCCCCAAUUCCCCUUACAAAAUCAUGUCACAGUGCUGAUAUUCCUAGCUGAAGUUUGUCACAACCAAGCUCUAGCAUGUGUUAGAGCUCAAAGAGGGUGUCAUUUCUUUUUUCUUGGUGGGAAUCAAGGGUUGCUGAUAGUAAAACUGCAACCUCUCAAAUGUUUUUAGAGUCAGGACUCAGGUCAGCAAAGAUUGAGAAUGCGUGUAAGAGAGUCAGGCUGAUUACUGGGAAUAAUUUUGCGCCACUCUUUCGAUUAGCAGCAUGAACAAAUGAUAAAUGAGACUACUAGCAAGGUGGACCAAAUGGAGAAGCGUAUUAGGAACAUUGUGUAAUCAUAGAAUACUUGUUAAGUUAUACUGAAAUGAGAAGGUUAACAUGGAUAAAUGAAAAUACAUGGAAAUAUAAUAU